CGGUCCUUGGCCGUCGUGGAUAUUCACCUCAUUGCGUCUAAGGCCCCUCCCUCGUUGUUCGCUCCUUGUUGUUGUUCCGUCGGGAGACCUGUAGCAGCUCACAUUCAACAGUCUGCCUACUUGCGACUCAUUUGUGCUUUUGGACUGUGCCCUCCUUGUGCGGGCCGACAUAUAAACCAUACCUUGCGCGCGAGCCAUAGUUGGCGAAUAGCCUACGCGUCUCUUUUACUACUCUUGCGCUCGACUCUCCUCCGCCCCGAAUAUUCUCAAAUACAACAGUGAUCAUGGGUCCUCUACAGGUUGAAGACAAAUACGUCGGACUGGGUCUUGCUAUUAGUAGCAGCUUGGCCAUCGGCACAAGUUUUAUCAUUACUAAAAAGGGUUUGAUGGAUGCCAGCAACAAACAUGGAUUUGAGGGGGACGGAUACCAGUAUCUCAAGAAUCCGAUCUGGUGGGCAGGCAUGGUGACAAUGAUCAUCGGUGAGGUUGCUAACUUUGCGGCAUACACGUUUGCUCCGCCAAUUCUUGUUACUCCCCUUGGUGCCCUUUCGGUGUUGAUCGGCGCUGUUUUGGCUGCUAUCUUCCUGAAAGAAGAGCUUGGUGUUCUUGGAAAGAUGGGCUGCGCUAUCUGUUUGAUUGGCUCAGUUAUCAUUGUCCUUCACGCUCCUCCAGACAAAGAGAUUCAGACAGUUGACGAGAUUUUGAUCUAUGCUCUGCAGCCUGGAUUCAUGCUGUACUGCACCUUCGUUGCUAUCUUUGCUGGAGUCAUGAUCUACAAAAUCGCUCCCAAAUAUGGCACUCGGAAUCCUAUGGUGUACCUUUCCAUCUGCUCAACAGUCGGAUCGGUGUCUGUAAUGUCAAUCAAGGGAUUCGGUAUCGCUGUCAAGCUUACUCUCAGCGGAAACAACCAGUUCAGUCAUCCAUCGACCUACGUCUUUGCGAUCGUCGUUCUUGUUUGCAUUCUAACACAGAUGAAUUACUUCAACAAGGCGCUGGAUGCCUUUGAUACUUCAAUUGUCAAUCCUAUCUACUACGUUACAUUUACUACCUGUACCUUGGUUGCUUCAGCGAUUCUCUUCAAGGGAUUUAACACCACUAGCGUCGUCAACACCCUCUCUCUUCUUUGCGGAUUUCUGAUCAUCUUCAGUGGUGUCUAUCUGCUCAACAUUGCGCGCGCUGACAACUUGCGGAAUUCCCCUCCUCACAGUCGCACCAUGGAUAGCAUUCCCAUGGAGAACGGAAUCGCCAGUAUUCAAUCGCGACGGAGUAUUACGCUAGCACGUAACAGUAUGGCUUUACACCGUCGAAGUGGAUCUCUUCGACAGGAGGCGAGAUUGAUUGGCGAUUACGAAGAGCAGGGGCUUGAAAUUAACGGCGGCUCUGACGACGACAGCGACUACGGCUUCAGCUCGUAUCCCCAUGGCGCGAAGAGUAGUGCCAGUAUAAAGAGUAGGAUGUCGAUGGAACACUCACCUGUCGAAGGUAACUGGGAGCAGUCUCACAGCCGGCAGUACGAUCCGCCACGCACGUCAUUCAAAUAA